AUGUGGGAGCUGCAGCAGCUACAAUCACAAUCGAGAGAAAGCAUCGAGCAAAAGACUCGGCAGGCAAGACAAAAGCUACAGGAUCUAAUCAAUCAUUUGAAAAAGUCCGAUCAAAUAGGUGGUAGUUGUGCUUAUGGACUGUCACCCCUAGCCAUCACGGACAUCUUGGAAAAGUUUGUCCUGUGGGCGGGAAACUUGGGAGCGUUGCAGGGACCAACAACCAGGUUAUCGUUGGAUUACAGACUCUCAGAAAACCCGGAGGUUCGAGAUGAGAUUAUUACACAGCUUGAAGACAUUUGCGAGGCUACUGAUGACCUGCUGGACAUCAUACUCGGCAAUCGAGAGAACCGGGAACUGGCUUCAAGCCCGGUGUCUGAAGAAGAGCCGACGGACAGAGAUGAAGCCCACAUGAUUCUCGAGGUAAUAUCAGACUCAGUGGGCUCCCUCUUCCGGAUUGCUAUCCUCGUACGCCGGGCAACAACCCGCGAUCGAUUCGAACGAGCACUCCAGGCCUCAGACCUGGCUUUUUCUCCAGAAUUCGAUGUCGAUUAUGUCAGAGAAAAACACCCAAAAAUUCAGAAAAGCUCAAUUUCUGCUCGCCUCGGUGGUGCCAUCGCCAAACGAAGGCAGUUAAUCAGUUACUGUCGAGACCACAGGUCUCGGCUCGGUGCUGAAGAGAUGAUAAACGACGAUACAACAUCACGCAUGGAGAAGACUUCAAGUAAAGCGACGACAUUUGUUCCCAAAACUGACGCGAGGGACCUCGAAGUGGAGGAGGAUGAUGCCGUUUCCUUUACAUCUGCAUCCACCAUGACAGACCCUGCCUCAUUUCUUCGAUUACCGUCGCUGGCAGAUCUGUCACCGGAUGGAAAUCCGUUCGAAUGCCCUAUAUGUUUCACAUUACAAGCAUUCCAACGAGACAAAGCUUGGAAGUAA